GCACCCUCCUUCUGUCAAUAGAUGAAACAAAUACUUCAUCCUGCUCUGGAAACCACUGCACGUACUAAUCAUUUUAAUGCAGAUCCCUGUUCCACCGGUUUUGUUUUCCCAGCAAUGACAUUAUUCCCAGUGCUGUUGUUCCUGGUUGCUGGGCUGCUUCCAUCUUUUCCAGCAAAUGAAGAUAAGGAUCCCACUUUUACUGCUUUGUUAACCACCCAAACACAAGUGCAAAGGGAGAUUGUGAAUAAACACAAUGAACUGAGGAGAGCAGUCUCUCCACCUGCCAGAAACAUGCUGAAGAUGGAAUGGAACAAAGAGGCUGCAGCAAAUGCCCAAAAGUGGGCAAACCAGUGCAAUUACAGACACAGUAACCCAAAGGAUCGAAAGACCAGUCUAAAAUGUGGUGAGAAUCUCUACAUGUCAAGUGCCCCCAGUUCAUGGUCACAAGCAAUCCAAAGCUGGUUUGAUGAGUACAAUGAUUUUGACUUUGGUGUAGGGCCAAAGACUCCCAACGCAGUGGUUGGACAUUAUACACAGGUUGUUUGGUACUCUUCAUACCUCGUUGGAUGUGGAAAUGCCUACUGUCCCGAUCAAAAAGUUCUAAAAUACUACUAUGUUUGCCAAUAUUGUCCUGCUGGUAAUUGGGCUAACAGACUAUAUGUCCCUUAUGAACAAGGAGCACCUUGUGCCAGUUGCCCAGAUAACUGUGACGAUGGACUAUGCACCAAUGGUUGCAAGUACGAAGAUCUCUAUAGUAACUGUAAAAGUUUGAAGCUCACAUUAACCUGUAAACAUCAGUUGGUCAGGGACAGUUGCAAGGCCUCCUGCAAUUGUUCAAACAGCAUUUAUUAAAUACGCAUUACACACCGAGUAGGGCUAUGUAGAGAGGAGUCAGAUUAUCUGCUUAGAUUUGGCAUCUACUUAGAUUUAACAUAUACUAGCUGAGAAAUUGUAGGCAUGUUUGAUACACAUUUGAUUUCAAAUGUUUUUCUUCUGGAUCUGCUUUUUAUUUUACAAAAAUCUUUUUCAUACAAAUGGUUAAAAAGUAACAAAAUCUAUAACAACAACUUUGGAUUUUUGUAUAUAAACUUUGUGAUUUAAAUUUACUGAAUUUAAUUAGGGUGAAAAUUUUGAAAGUUGUAUUCUCAUAUGACUAAGUUCACUAAAACCCUGGAUUGAAAGUGAGAAUUAUGUUCCUAGAACAAAAUGUACAAAAAGAACAAUAUAAUUCUCACAUGAAUCCUUGGCUGUAGUUGCCUUUCCUAGCUCCACUCUAAGGCUAAGCAUCUCCAAAGACAUGUUCCCAUAUGCUGUCUUAAUUCCUUUCACUCAUUCACCCUUCUUCCCAAUCAUCUGGCUGGCAUCCUCGCAAUUGAGUUGAAGCUGUUCCUCCUAAAACAACCCUAACUUUUAUCUUGCCAAAAUCAAUACAAUCCUUUGAUUUUUUUAUCUGCAUAAAUUUGACAGUAGAAUAUGAUCACACCUUCAUUUUUAAACCUCUCUUCUCUUUGACAAACCUUCCUUAAAAAAGAAUCCAAGAUAAUAUAGGUAAAUACCCUCCACUCAAGGAGGUAGAACUCAGUCCCUUCCCUUGUGAGUCUUCACUAAAAUAAGUGACUCGCUUCCAAAGAGUGGAAUAUGGAAAAGGAAACAUAGUAACUUUACAGGGGAGAAAAAUGACAAAUGCCAUCUUCACCAAGUGAUCAACAUUAACGUCACCAUUGAUAAGUCACGUGGAUUUGUUCUAGGCAAUCUUUCUAAAAAUUCAUAAUCCCAGUCUAAUCAUGAGCUAAAACAUCCAGCAAACUCAAGUUGAAGGACAUUCUACAAAAUAUCCCUGGGGUAUUUUAGAGUAUUCCUCAAAACUGUAAAAAUCAUAGAAAAUAAGGAAAUCCUGAGAAACAAUCACAGACCACAUGAGACUAAGGAGACAUGUGAGCCAAAUGCAAUGUGCUUUCUUGGAUCAGAUCCUGGAACAGAAAAAGAUCAGUAAUGAAAAAACUGAUGAAGUCUGAAUAGAAUCUGGAGUAUUUUUAACAGUAGUGUUGAUUUCUUAAUCUUGACAAAUAUAGCAGGGUAUUGUAAGAUGAUAACAUUAGAGAAACUGAAACUGGGUGAGGGCUAUCUGGGAAUUCUCUGUACUGUCUUACCAAAUUUUUGGUAAGUCUAAGAAAGCAAUGCAAAAUAAAAAGUAUCUUGAAAAAAAA